AGAAAAAGAAACACUUUAGCCCCUUCACUUCUAACUCAGAAAUCAUGGUCAAGACACUCCCCUUCGGUGACAUUCAAGUCCCAACCCCAGGAUUUGGUGCCAUGGGCAUCAGCUUUGGUUUGGGAAGCAAUCUCAGUCUCGAGGAGGCCGAGCCCGUGCUCCUGAAAGCCAUCGAGCUAGGAUGCACUUUUUGGGAUACUGCUGUUGCCUAUCAAGCCGGAGUCAACGAAAAGCUUCUCGGAGAGUUCAUCCGAAAGCACAACGUUCGAGACAAGAUUUUUAUCGCUUCGAAAUGCGCUUUCGACGUCUUCGGCCCAGAGCGCAAAGUCACCAACUCACCUUCCCAUAUCAGAGAAUACAUUGACGGGACUAUUGAGCGACUAGGCUUCACUCCUGACCUUUACUAUCUCCACCGCAUUGAUCCCAAUACCCCGCUUGAGGUGUCUAUUCCCGUCAUGGAUGAGAUCCGAAAGGCCGGAAAAACAAAGUACAUUGGUCUCUCGGAGUGCUCUGCGGCGACCCUCAGAAAGGCCAACUCAAUCGCUAGGAUUGAUGCCAUUCAAGCAGAAUACUCGGCCUUCGAGACUCUCCAUGAGACGGAUGACUUGAUCGAUACUGCGAAAGAACUCAACAUUGCUUUUAUUGCCUUCAGCCCUUUGGGUCAUGGGUGGCUAGUUGAUGAUUUCCCCUUCAAGACGCCUGAUGACUUUGCACCGGACGAUUUCCGCCGAACGGUACCAAAAUUCCAAGGCGAGAACUUCUACAAGAAUCGAGCUAUCGUGGAAGAGAUCAAGAAAAUCGCUACUCGAAAGGGCUGCACGUUGGCCCAGGUUGCAUUGGCCUGGGUAGCGUCUCAGGGCCUGAUUUCUAUCCCUGGUACGACCAAGGCUCACCGUUUGGAGGAGAAUUGGGGAUCUAGGGACAUCGAUUUCACUCCGGAGGAAAAGGAAGAACUGCGAAAAAUUAUCGAUUCUGCCAAGCCGAUUGGAAAUAGAUACGCCCCCGCUAACCAGGCCAUGGUCGGCCAUUGAGUACAGAAGGCAACAGCUGGCGAUUGGAUUAUCUUCAGAUUUAUAUAGGCAACGUCGUAUGUUAUAGAAAACAAGAGAUUCAUCGCGAUAAGCACUACC